AUGUUUGCGUCUCCACAGGUUUCCACGCUCAGUGAAAUCGAUUGCUGCCGCAAUUACGGUGAGAAAGGUUUCGAGGCCCUCGAACGACUGCUCAAUCAGAAGAACUCGGUAGUUUGUGUGGCCUAUUCGCCAAAAGAUCAAGAGUCUAGCUGGGGAGGCCGAGUACAGAAAUGGUCUAAUGCCUUUCUUGGUCUGCCUUACUGUAGCCCUUCUUACAGCGUUUCCAAUGGAUCGGCUCCGACAGCUGGGCAGAUCGCAAACGACGUCGUCAAUGGGCUCGAAGAUGAAGCUGAGGGCAGUUUCAGCAUCAGGAUUCACGCGCCUAAGGUGCCCGGUUUCCGUGAAUAUUACUCACGACUGAAUCCGGAAAACAACACGAUGAACCCGUGGUUUCGUGAAUUUUGGCAGCAGAAAUUCGGAUGUCAGUUUGCUGUUUCUAAAGAGGACAAGAACAACGAGAACAUUCGCAUAUGCACUGGCAACGAGGACCUCGAUAAGGAGUACAAGGAGGACCCGAAGCUUUCGCAAGUGAUCAACUCGAUAAGUGUAGUAGCAUUCGGUCUGAAGGCAAUGUACCAGGAUCGAUGUCGGUAA